UAUUCAAAAUGCACGACGUCGAACUCUGGCCAAAGCCAAUAAACAACGGCAAAAAUACCCUUCCCGUGGUCAAAGUUGCCGACAAAAUUUUUAUUUACAACCAAGAUGGGCUUCAAUGUUAUCCUUCGGAAGGCGCUUCCCGUCCCUCAAAUUGGCGUAAAUUAGGAGAAACAGCUCUCGAUAUCGCCAGAGUUUGUGCCAAAGCGUUUGAAAUUUAUGGCGAGAAGUUUGUGACGUUUUGUGCAAGAACAGCGAAUCCAGUGCAGUUUGCUCAAACGUUUAUCAGUUCGAUCGUGGAUGGCGUUCAAAAUCAUCCGAUUUGGGACGAACUGAGGAAUCAGGAUUGGUCAAAUGCGAAAAUUGACGUUGAUGUUGUCAUGAAUGUCAAUUCUCGGUGCUCAAAUAGGUCGUCGUUUAAUUCAAGAAGUAAUUUUAGUACGAGUUGAUCGCAAAUUUUUC